GUUCAAUCCCUUCUUCUUCUGUUCUGACAAGGCUUUACCACUUUGAUAAGUUCUGACUAUGACAUCCUCCUCCCAGCCUGUGGACUACAGCACUGCCCUUGCCUUCACUUGCUUAUCUGUGACCUCCAGAAGCACUGCAGCAGAUAGGAUGCUCCACUGGACCUGCCCAGCCUCUGCUCCAUCUGCGUAUCUCCAAUCAGUCUGCAGGGGAGAGGAAUUUGUUCUGAGGAUUAUGGAUCAGAACCUUUAGCAUCCCCAGACUUUGCCAAUACAGUCCUUGCACUGAGUGGACAUAUAUCUCCUUUCCCUUCUCCGGGGAGGGUGGCUGUAUUCCAAGUUGGACAGAAAACAUCAGAAUCUACUAGGAUGAUGAGGAAGACAAAGUAUUCCUGGGGAGCCUUUGUGAGAAGAGGCAGCAAGUGGGAGAACACGGCCGCAGAAAAUGCAAGGAUGCUGCCAAAGGCCAUGCACGAGGAAAGAAAGAAGCAGGAAGCGAAAAGGAGAGGGAAACUGAAAACCGUAGCAGGCAAAUUGCUAAAAGCUAUGGCUAAUGGAAAAGAGGCAGCAGAGGGGAAGGCUGGCAGUGAGGAUGUGGCAGGGAAUUUGUUGAAGAUGGCAACCAGUAGGAAGAAAGAAAAGAGAGAAACUCCUGCAGAAGAAAUAAUCUGCAGAUGCAUUGAGGAAGGAAAAUUUCUUGAAGCAUGUGAUCAUAUUUUCGAUCUGGAGCAGUCUGGAAGCACUGGUGUGGGAAAGUCUGAAUCACUUUAUACACUAUUGGCUGAACGAAUGUGGACUGUGGUGGAAGAAGCAUUCAAUGGAACUGGUACGAUAUCCCUGGAGGCAUUACAGUCAGUAGGGGAAUCACUGAAGUGGCAGAAGCAGAAGGAAAUGGAGUGGCUUGGCAGUGGCCAAGAAAUGGAGUCUGUUUCCACCUGGAGUCCAAACUUCUGGAGGAAGGAUCUGGAAGAAAAACUAAUACACCAUAUGACAGCUCAGAUUCCCCUGCUUGGUUCCUCUAGUAACACAGAUGAGACUGCACUAAAACAGCAUCUGAGUCAACUGGAAACGGUGUUUCUCCCAAGCCUGGAGCACAGAAGUGGUGUCUUCAAGGAGGCAGGACUACUCGUCAAUUAUGCCCGCUGCUGUCACACCUCUUUGUCUUCUCACCUUUCCACGCUUACUGACAAUAACCAUUUCAGCUUCAGCCAAGGUCUUUUAGUUUAUGGAUGGGGUCUUAAAAUGUACAAAAGUGGCAGCGAGACAUGUCUGAGACCCAGGCAGACCCCCCAGCACAACCUUUCCCUUGGUGUGCAGUAUCUCGUGUGGAUUAUUUUGAAGAUUGAGGAAAAGUUACUUGCAGUUGCCCGGAAGGAAGUAGGGAAAGCUCUGAGAGAAGCCUUUGAUAUUGGGAAACCCCCUUGUACAGAUGCUGCAGUCAUUCAGAUACUAACAGAGAAGAUGGAGGCUACCUGGCGUGUCAGCGAGAGCUUGAGUGAGAAGGUGGAAGCUGUGUGCCUGGAGGAGUGCCUGAGCUUCUUGGCGAGCUAUGAAAAUGAAGUAAGAAGCUUCUUCCAGCUCGAUGGCUGCCUGGGGAUUGGUAGCAGCUUGCGAAUCCUGGAGAACUGCUGCAUUCUCAGAACUAUAUGGCAUAAGCUAACAUACAUUUGCAGUGCCAGCACUGGUCAGGAUGUUAAGGUAAAUGGAUUUCUAGACAGGAUGGAAGAUGAGAUUACGGAGUAUUUUCUGCAAACAGUCACUUCUAAAGUCAAGGGAUCACUGAAGGACCACUUCAAAAAGUUUGACAGUGGUUUUGACCACAUCCUUGAAUCUUUAAAGCAAAGCUUUUUGGCAUUUGGGAAGAAAAAAACAGAGGUGUAUAAGGCACUUGUCAUGGCUGUCAACGCCAUCAUUAUUACAGAAUAUAUGCAGGCCCUCCUGACCACUUCCAGGAAACCAUCUUCUGUGCAGAGAAGGAGGAUCAUCGGCAAGAUAGAAGAAGAUCAUAGGAUGCUGCAAACAGUCUUUAAAGUGUGCUUAGGUCCUGCAGCUGGUCCCCUCAAGGAUCCUAUAAAAGCAAUUUUAGAACUUAUUCAAACUUCUGAUGCUGAGGGGAUGAAAAUAGCCCUUCUACCCAUUCUCAAAGAGUUUCCUUAUCUAAGCACGCUGGGCCAGGCACAAUGCUUACCUUUGAGUGCACUUGGUGCUGCCUGUUCACAGAUGCUGAUUAACAUGGUUUGUAACUUUGUCAGGUAUUAGGCAGUGGAAUUGAGAUGUCCUCCUGUAAAGGUGAAGGAUGAAAUCUCUGUCAACAAACCAGAAUUGCUGUGGAAAAAAUACUAUCUGAAUGGACAAUUUAUGGGCAUAUGUGCCAAGUGUAUGUUCCAAGAACAUCCUUAACUCAGGCAUUUCAUAACUUCUAAGUGCUUGGCUUUUGUCUUUAACACUUCACCAGUCCUUUUCUAGUUAUAACUAUUUCCACAAAUCCUAGAUAUAUUCAGCAAGAAAAUACACUUCCAUUUCUCACAGGAAGCUGUUAAGAGGAAUGAAAUCCAGCUUUCAUUAGGAAGAUGAGAUCUUAGAUGACUGCAUUUGUUCCAAAGUCUGUGGUUUAUUACAUCCAUCUUUUGUUCUGGUGUCUUAUGCUGGUGACUGUAUUUUCCAAGCUAAAGCGAUUACAGUGCAGGGUGCUCUGUCACAGCAUGCUAUGGAGGCCAAAGGUGUGAAGAGCUUCAAAUUGGGAGCAGACAAUUUGUGGAAGGAACAUCUGAAUGCAGUGUUGGACAUAAAAGACUCACUCAGCCGAGAAGACAGAGCUGCUCUCUUGAAGGCAUUUCAUGAUAAUUGCAGGGAAUCAGAAACAGAAGCAAACUUGCUUUUUGC